AUGGUUCCUCGACAAGCCUCGACUCCGGGGCUUACACCUCACCUCGACAUCCCCAAACAACAUCGCGCCGUAUCCCCGUUAUCCUCUCAAAGUCGCGAGGCCGAUGACGAGCGCUCGUCCUCGUCCAGCCGGUCCAGCAGUAUGGGCCCCUUAAGCCUGGACGAUGCAUCCGACACGCCCCAGCCGGCCUUCCCGGGAGAGGACACACGCCCGACUUCCAAGAAGGAGCUGAGUGGCUUCUACGCUUACUCCUUCGCGGCAGAGGUGUUCGUCGUCUGUGGACUGGGAGCCUUCAUCCCGAUCACUCUCGAGGACCUGGCUCGGGAGUCUGCAACUGCUGUCCUAGCGAGCGACCACAGCAAGUCUUGCAAUGCACGAGGCAUCGAGUCCAACGAUCCGAAUGGCACUCCUCACCGCGGUGGAGCACAAUGCGUGUUCAAGAUCUUCGGCGCCGAGAUCAACACCGCCAGCUUUGCGAUGUACACGUUCUCGAUCUCUGUGCUCCUCCAAGCCCUGCUGGUCGUUACAAUGUCUGGGGCUGCAGACCAUGGACGAUACAGGAAGAAACUACUGCUCGGAUUCGCAGUCGUCGGAGCAAUUGCGACGAUGUUCUGGCUACCUGUCACGCCUUCAGUCUACCUAUUUGGCAGCCUUUGGGCGAUCAUUGGCAAUAUUUGCUUUGGGGCGAGCUCUGUGUUGUUGAACUCUUUUCUACCCCUACUGGUUCGGAACCAUCCGGCGGCUAGUGGACGUUCGGUCGGCGCUGUGGAAGGGCACCCGGCGGAGUUCGAGGAUACUAGCGAGCAAGCUCACCUGCGAUCGUCAGACGUACCUCCGGAGAACGACAUAAUGGAUUCAACAGCAGCUCUACUACCGUCAGAUGUCCAGACACCGUAUCCACGAUCACAGUCAACACCAUCCCCGGAAAUGCAGCUGUCGACGAAGAUCUCCUCCUACGGCAUAGGCAUAGGGUACUUUGCUGCCGUGUUGGUACAGAUCUUGUCAAUCAUGAUAUUGAAAAUCACGGGCGCGAACCUCUUCUCGCUUCGGCUGGUGCUGUUUAUUAUCGGCUUGUGGUGGCUCAUCUUCACCAUUCCAGCAGCUCUCUGGCUACGUCCGCGGCCUGGACCUCCCUUGUCAUUUGGCAAAGACGGCGAAACACGCAGUUGGUCGGCCUACGUCACAUACUCCUGGAUCAAUCUGUGGAAGACCGUCGCCCGCGCUCGUCGCCUGAAAGACGUACUCUUGUUCCUGGCCGCGUGGUUCAUGAUCUCGGAUGCCGUGGCUACGGUCUCUGGAACGGCGAUUCUCUUCGCUAAAACAACCCUGGGCAUGGAGUCGUCGGCUCUCGUGCUCAUCAACAUCAUCGUCACUAUAUCCGGAAUUGCUGGCGCUUUCACGUGGUCGAAAGUCAGCCGCAUCAUGCAGUUAACCCCUAGCCAGACUAUCUUGACCUGCAUUUGCCUUUUCGAGCUGAUACCGCUCUAUGGUCUCUUGGGCUACAUCCCAGCGAUUCAACGCUUAGGUUCGUUCGGCUUGCAGCAGCCGUGGGAGAUGUACCCCGUCGGAGCGGUGUAUGGCUUGGUUCUUGGUGGUCUAUCGAGCUACUGCAGGAGUCUCUUCGGCGAGCUCAUACCACCGGGCUCAGAAGCCGCUUUCUACGCCCUGUACGCCAUCACCGACAAGGGGAGCAGUGUGUUUGGGCCUGCUAUUGUCGGAGCUAUCACCGACGCCACGGGUGACAUACGGCCUGCGUUCUGGUUUCUCGCUGUUCUGAUUGGCAUGCCGAUACCAUUGAUGUUCCUUGUGGAUGUGGAUCGGGGCAAGAGAGAAGGCGCUGCGUUGGUUCGGGAGACGGUGCGCAUUAUUCCUACUGGAAACGAUCGAGACAAUGGGGUUCCGGAGGAUGAGGCUGGACUGCUUGCGACGGAGUAUGAGCACCGAACGUAA